UACGCGUAAGGUUCUACAACAGACCACACCAAAAUACCGAACAUUUGUGGAAUAUAAAUGAAAAACUAUUAGUGAAAAACACUUGAGUAUAGUGAUUAAAUAGUUACAUACCAUAGUUGGGUUUGUGUGUGUCAAAAAUGACUAUGUGUGAGUGUGAAGGAUUAUAAUUCGAGGCAUCGUGUUUUUGGAGAGGUGCAGAACAACUGAACAGAUGAGGGCGCGUGCGACAAGGACGGGUAGAUGCUGAGCCAUGGAGCCGGGCUGGGUUGUGCUGGCUGCCGCCCUGGUGGCGGUCUUCGCGCAAAAUAAUAGAAAUGACGGCCCAAGGUUCCUGUCGCGAGGGCACUCCUUCAGGACAGUGGUUGGAGACACAUUGCUAUUGCCAUGCCAAGUGCAGAAUUUAGGGUCUCUGGUGCUGCUGUGGAGGCGGGGACCAGCAGUUCUGACAGCUGCCAGCCUCAUGGUGACCAGGGACGAGCGGUUCCGCCUCGUCGAUGGAUACAACCUGCAGAUCACUGAUGUUGGACCACAGGAUGCAGGAGACUAUGUGUGUCAGAUAUCGGAUCGCGUAGCCAGAGACCAGGUCCACACAGUGGAGGUCCUCGUCCCUCCCAGUAUGAGGGCGUCUCCAGAGUCCAGGCACGCGGCUGCGAGGCGAGGUGGUGCUGCUGUGUUGGAGUGUAGGGCUUCAGGCAACCCUGUGCCUACUGUGACUUGGCAUAAACUAAACGACUCUUCACUCCGCCUGGGUGAGGGUCCGCAGCUCCAGCUGUCCCGGCUGGAGCGGCAGCAUAGCGGGAAGUACGCCUGCACUGUCGACAAUGGUGUUGGACCACCCAUUGUGGCCGAGUUCCAGCUGCAAGUUUUAUAUCCUCCGGAAAUAACAGUGGAAAGGUCGUGGGUCCACACUGGAGAGGGAUUCAGGGCUGAACUGCUGUGCACUGUACUUGCUGAUCCUCCUGCUGAGGUAUUAUGGUACCAGAACUCUUUCCCAUUGAGUGCAUCAGAGCGUGUGACGAUGUCAGUAAGAGGGAACAACCACACACUCCUCAUCGCUAACGUUCAACCCGAAGAUUUCGGAAAUUAUACGUGUGUAGCAGACAACAGCCUCGGUCGGGCCCGCCAGCACGUGGAGGUGUCGGGGCGGCCCGGCGCCGCGCGCUUCACGUCGCCGCCGCUGGCGAGGUCGCGGACGGCGUACACGCUGUCCUUCGCCGUGGACAGCUACCCGCCGCUGGACGAGCUGCGCCUGCUGUACCGGCAACUCGCGAUAAACGAGUCAUUCCAGCAGCCUGGCAGAUGGCACGACGUGGUCAUACAGGCACCAGAGCCGGCGGGGUCCUUGACCCAUCGCGUGACGCACGAGCUGCGCGGGCUGGACCCCGGCGCUGUGUACGAGGCCAUCGUCCAGGCCAAGAACAGAUAUGGGUGGAAUGAGGUAAGCGAUAUCUUCCAAUUCCACACACUGGGUGGUACUCAUUCGGUCCACGCGGACGAGUUAUCGCCUAUGUUCGCGUCAGCGGUCAGACAUCGAAUGAUGACGUGUACAGUACUCCUCGCCUUAUGUACCCACCUUCUCGGAUGAUUACAGUUCUACCAGCAUUUUGAAAGUAAAUGACGUUCCAUUCAUUUUAUUUGAAUAUUAAAUAAAUACUUUUUUAAUACAUUGAUGUAAAAAUCUAAGACAAAGCCAGGACGUAUUACGUAUACAGGUGUAACCAGAACUCUAGCAAAAACUUAGCUUUAUUAUUAUACUACCUUAACACAAUCCG